AGUUUUUAGCCGCUAGUUUAAUUGUCAAGUUCCAACCUUCUCUUGCUGUCGGACCGCGCGGGAGGAUUCGGGUGAUCAGUUCAAACUGUUUCUUUUCAGUUCGGGCAGGGAUAUGCAGAUGGUUUGCCGCCAUGUCCGACCCUUAGCUGCAACCGCCGACAUUGCAGCUGAAACUUUCUCAUCUACGUUGAGAUUUCUCAUCCUUAAUUAUUCGGGCUUGCCCCUCCUCCAUCAAGACAGCCGCUUUGAUUUUGACAAUCAUAAUGAUGGGCUUAGUAGCCCUCCCGGGCAUUCAUACUCAAAUCCUGAUUCAUUCUAUGCAUCUCUUAUCGACAACGCAACCCACAUUAGACAGUUGCAUCAAGUCCAUGCGAGGUUGUUAGCGUUGGGGCUGCAUCAAAGCGGGUUCUUGAUCACGAAACUAGUGACUGCCAGUUCGAAUGCCCGCGAGAUCCGGUAUGCGCGCAAGGUGUUCGACGAAUUUCCCGACCCUACUGUGUUUCUGUGGAAUGCCAUAAUUCGGGGUUAUUCGAGGCAGGGAAUGUUCAGGGAUGUCCUCGAGAUGUACUGCAGAAUGCAACAGGCCAGAGUCAGGCCCGAUUGCUUUACUUUUCCCCAUAUCCUCAAGGCCUCGAGCGAGUUGUCCGCAGUUGAAAUGAGCAGGAGGAUACACGGGCAGAUUUUCAGGCACGGGUUUGAGGCCGAUGUUUUUGUGCAGAAUGGACUUAUUGCGCUUUACAUGAAAUGUGGCAAGAUCGAACAGGCUAGGGUAGUCUUUGAUGGAUUGGGUGAUCGGACGAUUGUUUCAUGGACAUCGAUCAUUUCUGGGUGUGCUCAGAAUGGGCAGCCUAUGGAGGCUUUGAGGAUUUUCACCCAAAUGAGGAGGAGUAACGUGCUUCCUGAUUGGAUUGCCCUUGUUAGCAUUGUAAGGGCCUAUGCUGAUGUAGAGGACUUGGAACAGGGCAGAUCUGUCCAUGGUCUUGUGAUCAAAAUGGGCCUUGAGAAGGAACCUGACUUGCUCAUAUCCCUCACUGCAUUUUAUGCAAAAUGUGGAUUAGUGACUGUCGCAAGAGCGUUUUUCGACCAGAUGGAGACUCCGAAUUUGAUUUUGUGGAAUGCGAUGAUCUCAGGUUAUGCGAAGAAUGGCCAUGCAGAGGAAGCUGUAGAUCUGUUCCGAAGUAUGAUCUCACAGAAGAUUAGAACGGAUUAUAUAACUGUGACUUCCGCUAUCUCAGCCUGUGCCCAUGUGGGCUCUCUCGAGCUAGCCAAGUGGAUGGGCAACUAUAUCAGUAAGACAGAAUUUAAGGGAGACAUCGUUGUGAACACGGCCCUCAUUGAUAUGUACGCAAAGUGCGGAAGUGUGAGUUUGGCCCGUGAAGUUUUCGAUCAGACGGACAAUGGGGAUGUUGUAAUGUGGAGCGCAAUGAUCGUGGGGUAUGGGUUGCAUGGUAAGGCCUUGGAAGCUAUUGAGCUCUACAAUGUGAUGAAAAAAGCUAGGGUGGCUCCAAAUGAUGUAACCUUCAUUGGGCUUCUCACUGCCUGCAAUCACUCGGGCCUCUUGAAAGAAGGAUGGGAGCUUUUCCACCACAUGCAGGACUAUGGGAUCAAGCCUCGCCACCAGCACUUUGCUUGUGUGGUCGAUCUCCUAGGCCGCGCCGGCCAAUUGGAUCAAGCAUACAACUUCAUCCUGAAAAUGCCAAUCGAACCGGGAGUUUCCAUAUGGGGAGCACUUUUAAGCGCGUGCAAGAUCUAUCGCAACAUCUCACUGGGAGAAUAUGCUGCUGAGAAGCUUUUCUUGCUUGACCCACAUAAUACUGGCCAUUACGUUCAGCUUUCAAACCUCUACGCUUCGGCCCGCUUGUGGGACCAAGUCAGAAGAGUACGGAUCUUAAUGAGGGAGAGGGGACUGACUAAGGACUUGGGAUAUAGUUUAAUAGAGAUCAAUGGUAAGCUCCAGGCGUUCCGCGUUGGAGACAAAUCCCACCCUCGAUCAAAGGAGAUCUUUGAGGAGCUUGAGAGGUUGGAACGGAGAUUAAAGGAGGCAGGAUUUGUUCCGCAUAUCGACUCUGUGCUUCAUGAUUUGAAUUACGAGGAGAAGGAGGAGAUGCUUUGCAAUCACAGCGAGAGGCUAGCAAUUGCUUAUGGGUUGAUCAGUACUCCUCCUCAUACCACACUCCGAAUAACUAAGAAUCUCCGAGCAUGUGUGAACUGCCAUGCAGCAACCAAAUUUAUAUCGAAGAUCGAGGGGAGGGAGAUCGUUGUCAGGGAUGCAAAUAGAUUUCAUCAUUUUAAAGACGGGAUUUGUUCUUGUGGAGAUUAUUGGUGAGGGAGAGUAAAACUACGGAUAAUUUGGUUGCUCGCUGUAAAAUAUAUCAGUAGUGGGACUGUUUGGUCGGUCUCGAUUUUGAUCUGGGUUCAUUUGGUGCGCUUUCUGCACUUUGGGGAAGUGUGAAGAGCCAGGGGAUGCUGCAUCAUGUGUCACUCUCUGGGACCAAUAAAGAUGCACUGCAAAAGGCUGCAAUGACUCCAUUCCCAAUUCAUGGCAGUCGGAAAAUGAAAUUGGUCCGUUGUCACAUUUCCUGGUCUGCGAUGAUGCCGUGAUGUUACUGAAAGGGAAACUCGGGCUUGCAUUGGUGACUUCGAUCCUAUGUCCUCCGCUACACCUGAGAUUUCCUAGUCCGUUAAAUUGUUAGUUGCAAAUUCACUCCUUGUCAAAGAAGAUGUACUCCGAGUAGCAAGGGCAUGGUCGAGGGGAUGGGCAACAAGGAAGAAAUCCAGUAUGCUGACUCAAACGGGCUUAGAUUGGGGGUAUGCGGUCCUCACUAACCCAUAAGAAAUCCCAAACAUCGCGGUGAUAAAACAGUAACGUUUUUAUCAUGCUAUUUGAGUUAAAUCCUUUAAAUUCCAUGAGACUGCAAUGGGCCAAGACAAAACUGGCUUAUCGCAGCAAAACAAGUGGGCUUAUAUCACAAUCUACUGUUAUGUUUCCUUGCCCCACCCUGUAAUACAGAUCAGAUCUGCUCCUAUCGACAGCUGCUGCCAAGUUAAGAUGAUGUAGCCUUCAUUAUUGAGUCUAAGACCAAAUGCAUUGUCUAGGGAGGAAAAAAAUUAAAAUUAAAAUGUUGCAGCUAAGCUGAGUAACAACAGCGACAGCAUGACGGGCCCCAAUUGUACAGCUCGUGGCCGGGAAGUCCAGCAGAGCUGCCACCCUGUCACCGUCCCUCUUGCGGCCU